UUGUUUUUAUGAGAAGUACCCCGUAGAGGGGUUUAAGUAUGUAGUGGUCAAGGAGGAGAAGUACUGGUAUGGACAUGUGGUUUGAGUAGAGGAAUGAUCCAAGAUGGAGAUAGGGGGUUAUAGUGAAAGUGUUAGGGUGCAGGAGGGGAGGAAUAGUGAGGGAAUGGAGAAGGAUUGUGAGAAAAAGUAUAGAAUUUUUAAAUAAAAAGACUCCUAGGUUGGAUUUUAACUCUUUGAGUACUCAAAGUAGUAAUCAGAGGUUUCCAAAGAAGGUUAUCCGGAAGAGAAUGAGACCCUAAUACCGAUUUUGAGUACAAAAAUCCUAUCAGAGAGAGUAAAAAUGAGCAUCUUACCAAUAUAAGACUUAGAAUGAAGACAUUUAAUAAAACAAAGAGCAGAGAUUUGUUAUGAGACACAGAUAGUCCUUUCAGGACGAAAAAGAAACAUAUAUUUUCCAGUUCUGACUCAGAAUAAAGUGUGCAACUUAUUAAAACUUCUGAUCUGAUUUCCAUCUUAGCAGGCACCAAAAUAUGACCAUUCAAUAAUUUAAC